AUGGAAGCCUCAACUUCCCAAGCAAAAGCUGAAGCAAAAUCAGCAAAAUCUACUCGUGCAGCUUCGCUUCAUUCUUCUCAGCUAGGGAUUGAUAGACACUACCGGCCAGAGUUAAAGUUUACCAACUUUGCCGCACAAGCACCAAUAGUAACAAAAUAUGUUACUUCAAAGUUUUUAAGGCAUGACGUGUCGUUUUUUCAGAGAGACGAGCUCACUAAACCUAGAAUCGAUCGAGAAGGAUCAAAAGUCCUUGUGAUUCAUCCAGGUUCAAAAAAUUUGAGAAUAGGACGUGCGUCUAAUGCAUUUCCUCUAAUCGUGCCUCAUGUUAUCGCGAGAAAAUUGAACAUUCCUAAUGAUCGCAACAGUCGAAUAAAAAAGGAAAACAAAGAAAACACUGAUUUUAUGGAAAUAGACUCCACCACCACCAACACGAUUGAACCUUUACAUCAAGGCAAUGACGAGUCAAGCAAAAAUGUCACGACCGACGGUGGUGGUAGUAAUGGUAGUACCGUUAAAGAAGAAUCAUCCAAUGAAAACACAUCUGGCUCACCGAGUUCUUUAGCUAAUAUCGAUGAAUUAGAACAAGAAGAAGAGGCUCGGAUAAAAAAGGGGAUAGAUGAAAUUAAGAAGGAAUUGAAAGAACGAAUGAAAGCAGCAAAGCGACGUCCCGUUGCUAAUGCUAGUGCUCAAAUCGCUUCUUUUAACAAAUUGGUUGUGCCUGAAAUAAUACCUGAUCAUAAUGAUCCAUAUAAAGUUGAAUGGACUAGGAUAGAUGAUGGGCAUGAUUAUUAUAUUGGGGAAAAGGCACUUCGAAUACCAACUCCUCUGACUCCAUUCAAACUACUCUAUCCCAUACAACGUGGUGACCUGAAUACGCGUGAUUAUGAUUCUAUCAAAGCUGUAAUUGGUGAUCUAGAGACAAUAUGGACCGAAGUUAUUAUUGAACAAUUAAAAGUCAAAAAGAAAAACUUUGAUAAAUACUCAGUAAUCCUAGUAAUACCAGAUUUAUUUAAUAGACUUUCAGUGACCGAAAUGGUUACCAUGUUAUUGCGAUAUAUGGGAUUUUCUCGUGUAUUUGUUCAACAGGAAGCUGUAUGCGUGACAUUUGGUGCUGGUAUGUCAAUGGCGUGUGUUGUUGAUAUUGGAGCUCAAACAACUAGUAUUACGUGUGUUGAGGAUGGAAUGUGUAUACCAGAUUCAAGAAGCAGAUUUCCAUAUGAAGAAAUUGAUUUAAAUAGAUCAUACGACUGGAUGCUAGCGGAGGAAAUGAAAGAGAGAUUUUGUACCCUCAAUGAAGCUAAUUUAACCAUACAAUUAUAUGAUUUUUACGUGCGAGCGCCUAACGAGCCUACAAAGAAAUAUCAAAUCAAGACCUAUGACGAGGCUAUUAUUGCGCCUAUGGUCUUACGAUCAAGUUCAUACACAUCACCAUCGCCAGGACCUCGUGACAGUCCUCUUCCAUCAACACCACGAAUUGACUCGAAUACCACAGCCACUGGACCCUCAUCACCGUCUGUAUUUUCUUCAUUGUCGCGUAACAAUAUUACACCAAUUGUUGAUCCGGUAUCGACAUUACCUCUUGAUGAAGCUAUCGUCCAAAGUAUAAAUUGCUCGCCUACAGAAGAACGCGUCAAGAAAUUUUAUUCGAGUAUUAUUGUAGUUGGUGGUGGUGGUCUCAUACCCGGGAUCAAUGCAAUGCUGGAGGAUCGAUUAUCAUCUAGACCGAUGCCAUUUGCCGAUAAACUCGAGGUACUUUCUUCACGGCGUGAAUUAGAUCCCCGACUAUUAGCAUGGAAAGGCGCAUCAGUGAUGAGCAAAUUAGAAAUUGUCAAUGAAUCAUGGAUCAAUACGAGAGAGUGGGGUGAAUUGGGUGUCCGUUGUUUACGAGAGAAAGCAAUGUUUGUAUGGUGA